GAACCGGUCGCAUGCGCAAGUGCAACCCAUGAGCGAUUAACGAGAGCGUCGUCGCUAGCCCAGCGGUCUCAACAACCGCAACCCUAACACACCCCUCUUUUCGUUCCACUUCCGAUUCGGAAUCAGCCGUGCUCGAUCUUAAUUCGCCGCCUCGCCUCGUCCAGGAAUCCAACCCCAACCCACCUACUGCACCCACCAGAACAGAGAUUCGAUCGAUCCUAACCUUCGUCCAUGGCUACUUCGACCACGACCGCGAUCCAUCUUGAUCCAUCGACCGCCGCUCCUCCGCGCAAACUCCCAAUCAAGCGCAAGAAGGCACCCCUUCCCUUCCUCGAUACCCUCGCUAAGCCCUCCUCCUCCUCUGAUCCACUCGACCCCUCCUUCGACGACGACGAAGAAAAUGGCUUUGACGAAGCGGAGGAAGCCAACGCCGUCUCCGUUGACGCCCGUCCCGCACCUGGCAUUGCCGCUGCCCAGCCAUUCCGGUUCCAGCGCGUCUGGUCGGAGUCCGAUGAGAUCCGGUUCCUGCAGGGUCUCCUUGGAUGCUGGUCGCAGGGCCUGGUCUUCCCCCGCGACCUCAACAUCUUUUUCGACCGCUUCUCCGAGUCCAUGCAGCAGCCCUUCACCCGCUCGCAGCUCUCUGAAAAGCUGCGACGCCUGCGCAAGAAGUUCCGCAUCAUGUCCGCCCGCAUUGCCCGUGGCCAGGACCCAGCCCGCGUCGCCCCCCACGACCGCGACGUGUUCCAUCUUUGUACCCGCCUCUGGCACCCAUCUUAUGCCGCCUCGUCUCCCUACUCGGCUACAGAUGCCCUAGCCCCUGGUAGCGGAGGGAACAAGCGCCGCCGCCCCAACUACCGCAUCCCCUCUGGCCAGGCCCACCCCGAGUCCUUGUCCUUGUCCGCUGUCGCUUCUCUUCCUCCUCCGAUGCCGAUCUCCACCUUCACGCCUUCCGAAACGCUGCCGCUUCCUCCCCCUACUCCUGCCUCGGCUCAUGGAAACGUAGCUUACGCCACCGAUGGCGUCGCCAUGAACACAUCAUUCUAUCCUGUUGUAGCAGAAGAUAAGGCGAUCAAGGAGGAGGCGGAGGUGGAACCAUCACCUGGCACCUGCAGCAAUGAGGAGUGGAAGGUGUCGUUUGCCGGUUCCUAUUCGUCCAGCACAUCAGAAAAGAGCAAUCUGGAGGAGAGAUGGAAUGAGCUGCGGCUUGCCGAGAUGAAUGUUUUGUCCCGUCGCUUGAGGUUGGUUCUCGAGAAAACUAUCAAGAAUUAAAUUACUGUGUUAAAAAUUGCAACCAUGGGAAACGAUACUGGACAAAGAUUCGCCCUUCGGCGCUGUCUUUUUUGCUGAUUUCCUCUUGAAGUUCGUUACGUUCCUGAUUGUUUCUCUGUUGUGUACAUCCUCAACACUAAACCUUAGCUGGAUCUAGUCUUUAUGUUAUCUGAUUUAUGCUUCGUUGAACCAUGAAUAUGCUACUUUUAUGAUCUUACCUUUUGUUUUCUCUAUCUGAAUUCAAUUUGUUGAUGUUUAUAAAUUUUGUUUUUCCCUGUACAUCCAUAAA